AGACAAUGAAGCCAGGCAAGCAGAUAGCAUCGACGGUUCGGGUCCCGGACAGGGCGCCAUCCAGCGAAGCAAACCCGUUCAGUUCGCUAAUACCAGAUCAGACGAUCGCCGUCGUCGACAGCUUCACGCUCGAGUCUGGCGUCGUCCUUGCUGAGGUGGAAGUAGCCUACAACACCUGGGGGCAGCUCAACAAGGCUGGCGAUAAUGUACUGGUCAUCUGUCAUGCGCUUACAGGCAGCUCAGACGUGGGAGAUUGGUGGGGACCACUCAUGGGCACAGGGCUAGCUUUCGAUCCCGCUCGCUAUAUGAUCUUUUGCGCCAAUGUCUUGGGCUCGCCUUAUGGUUCUGCCUCGCCCGUCACAUUGAAUCCAGAGACAAACCAGAGAUGGGGUCCCGAGUUUCCUCCUACAACGACGAGAGACGAUGUUCGACUGCAUCACCUCAUUCUAGAUCAUCUGGGUGUCAAGUCUGUGGCUGCCGUCAUCGGCGGGUCAAUGGGCGGCAUGGCCGUGCUCGAAUGGCCUCUCUGCACGCCGAAGAGCUAUGUACGCAAUAUCGUGCCGAUAGCGACAUCCGCUCGCCACUCGGCUUGGGGCAUCUCAUGGGGCGAAGCUCAGCGACAAUCAAUCUACUCGGAUCCAAAAUAUGAAGAUGGCUUCUACGCGAUUGACCAGCCACCGAUUACAGGCUUAGCGGCUGCGCGCAUGGCUGCGCUGCUCACGUAUCGCAGCCGAGAUAGUUUUGAGAGUCGCUUCGGACGCAAACACAAUCUCACGCCCCGUCGCGAGAGCUCAUCAGAUCUGGGUGUGCCUCGUACACCGGCAGAACGAGCGCUGGCUGCUCACAACGAUGGACAUAGAGGGGCAAGAAUCAGAGAACGAAGUUCAUCCUCAGAAUCGAUUACGACGCGCGAGCAACCAUUGCCUGUCAGUGCGCCGGCGCCGGGUAGCCCUGGUUCCAACGGCGACGCUCCUGUAGUGUUCUCUGCGCAAGGCUAUCUACGCUAUCAGGGAGACAAGUUUGUGCAACGCUUUGAUGCAAAUUGUUACGUGCAUAUUACCCGAAAGAUGGACAUGCACGAUGUGCAGCGAGACCGACCGAGCGAUCCGCCGCCGCUAUCGACGAUUCCCCCAAAGGCACUCGUCAUUGCGAUUUCGUCAGACGGUCUCUUCACCCUCCGAGAGGCACAAGAGAUUUCAGAGCAAAUACCGGAUGCACGUCUUGUCGUCAUUGACUCGCCAGAAGGACAUGACGGCUUUUUGCUCGAAUUCGCGCAGAUCAACCAUCACAUCCUGCUUCAUCUGACAUCCCAACUGCCCGAGUUUUAUGACAAUACGCUACAGAGCCCAGAGCUUGUGGCAGCGCAAGGCGACGAGCGAUUUGUAGCCAAAAAGAGCAGCGUGUUCGGCGAAGCAGAGGUAGAUCUGACGAGCUGGUAA